AUGACCCGCUGGGCUCUUCUCGCUCCCGUCCUGCUGCUCCUGCUGGGCCUGUUCAUCCACAGCGCUCUCAGUCAGGAGGCCGGAGACCCAGCAAAUGCACCACCUGCACAGGGCCAAGCAGCUGACAGCACACAGGGAGAGGAUGAAGAUGGGGACUGGGGACUAGGGACCCUCCGCGACAGCUUUGAGGCCGUCGGCGGAUACUUUGACUCCAUGCUGGAGUUCAUGGGCGGACGUGACGGAGUGUGCCAAUACCGCUGCAGAUAUGGUAAAGCUCCUGUUCCUCGUUCGGGCUACCAGAUGCCAGAACCAAAUGGAUGUAGCUCCUACUUCUUCGGUCUUCCUAUUCCAGAAGGGAUGGACAUGGGCAUCCCUGCCAUGACUAAGUGCUGCAAUCAGCUGGAUAUGUGUUACGACACCUGCGGCUCCAACAAGUAUCGCUGCGACUCCAAGUUCCGCUGGUGCCUCCACAGCAUCUGCUCGGACCUCAAGAAGAGCCUCGGCUUCGUGUCCAAAGUGGAAACAUGUGAGACUGUAGCAGACACCUUCUUCAACACAGUGUGGACUUUAGGCUGCAGACCGUACAUGAACAGCCAGAGGGCAGCAUGCUACUGCCCGGGAGAGGAGAAGGACGAACUUUAGAUGAACAACUGGAUCUUCUGUGUUUAUAAAACAGCGUCAGCAGCGACCGCAUUCCCAGGUGAUUUUGCUCUGAGUUGUGGUGUUGCAAAGGUGGAGUAAUUUAUUAGGAAGUUCUUGCUUUUAUCUUUUUUGAAUUCCUCAUGAAAACUGUAUUUGUGUACAUGUAGAGUUGGUUUAAAAGUCUUUAACGAUACAUGACGGAGUUUCAGAGACAGUAACUGGUUCACAGCACACAGCUGCCAUUGAGUGUGUGCUGCCUUCUUUUAUUUGAUGGCGCAUUACUGACAAAGUCAGCCCUUAGU